GUCUUACUCUGGUAUCAGAGUUCACAGUCGUAGCCAACUUCGUACAUCUCAGGGGCUUCGACGGAAAUAAUGAUGAAGUAUCUGACGCUAAUUUUUGCUGUCAUUACAACUUCCGUAACCUUGGCUUAUGACCCCUCGCCAAAAGAUAACCAAAAAACACACAAGGUUAAAGUUGGGGCCAAUGAGGACUACAGGCUUCCGAACAACACUGUUCCCAUUAAUUACAGCGUGUGGUUAGUUCCUUAUACGGAAGAAAAUUAUUUUGAAGGCAAGGUGGUAAUCGAAGUGACAGUCGUCGCUGAAACUUCCACUAUCGUUCUCCACGCCAACCAGCUUGAAAUUAGCAGCGUGGCAGUAACGUCUGAUCUUAGUGUCCCUGCAAUCAGUACUACAGCUUAUGAUCAAGAUCUGCAGUUUUAUACGUUUACUUUCGCGACGGCUCUUACCCUAGGUAAUUACUCACUGGAUAUAGAGUACACUGGCCAGCUAAGGAAUGAUUCAGUUGGCUUCUACAAAAGUUAUUACAACACCAGCUCCGGAGAGAUAAAGUGGUAUGUGAGUUCAUUUUUUGCGCCUAUUUAUGCUCGACAAGCGUUCCCAUGCUUUGACGAGCCAGCCUUCAAAGCCCAUUUCACCAUCAGCAUUGCCCACUGGCCUGAUCAGGUAGCCAUCUCUAAUGCACUGGAUGAAUACGUCUCUGAGCCCAACUCGACGAUCGGAAAUCGAGUAUGGACCAAGUUCUACACAACGCCUCUUAUGUCUACCUAUCUCGUCGCGUUCAUGGUUUCCGACUUUGAAUAUGUUGCCAACACGGGUGGAUCCUUCAGGAUCUGGUCUCGCCCAGAAGCUGUGGGCACUGCAAGCUACUCGCUAGCUGGCGAAUUGCUUUUGGACAAUCUGAGUACAUUCAUUGGAAUAAACUACAACGAAUCGUUUCCAAAAAUGGACCAGGUUGCACUACCUACCAGCGCUACAACCGCUAUGGAAAAUUGGGGUCUUAUCACAUACAAGGAACGUUGGCUAUUAUGGCAGGACGGUGUAUCCACCACGCGUGACAAACAGAACAUCGAAACCGUUGGGGCCCAUGAGUUUGCUCAUCAAUGGUUCGGUAAUCUAGUUACACCGGAAUGGUGGAGUUACGUUUGGUUGAGUGAAGGAUUUGCCACGUUUUUCGAGUACUACACAGCCGCCCAAGUUAACCCCAGCUGGAGAUUGAUGGAACAAUUCACCGUGGAUAUAUACCAUGCCGCCAUGCUUGCUGAUAGCUCGGACGAUAGUCGUCCAAUCAAUGAAGACGUCUAUAGUCCAGAUGAAGUCAAAUCAGUGUUUGAUGUAAUCAGUUAUUACAAAGGUGGUUCCAUAAUUCGAAUGUUAUUAAACUUUUUGGGAGAGCCUGUAUUCCAAAAAGGCUUACAAACCUACCAAGCAAAUAAUUCGUAUGGUACUGGUACUCCGGAAAAACUGUGGGAUGCUUUGAAGGAAGCCAAUGAUAACUUGGAUGACAGCAUUCUUACUGGACACGUUGAUAUUAAGACGGUUAUGGAUACCUGGACAAAUCAGAAAGGCUAUCCUCUGAUCACCGUCACCAGAAACUAUACUACCGAAACUCAAACAAUUUCCCAGGAACGUUUCCUGCUCAAGGGGCGUGGUUCUUCAAACGACACAACAGAAUACAGGUGGUGGAUACCCCUCAACGUCGCUUGGCAGUCGUCCCCGAGCUUCAAUAACACGAGGGCUACCGCGUGGAUUCGAGCACAAGAUGAAAGUGUUUUCAUGAGUAGCGGUCAGACUAGCGAUUGGGUCAUUUGUAAUUUACAGCAAACAGGUUUUUACCGAGUCAACUACGAUGAACAAAACUGGAACCUGAUUAGCGAGUACCUUCUAACUUCAAAUUUCACGAAUAUAUCCCCGAUAAACCGCGCGCAACUUAUUGAUGAUGCAUUCAAUCUCGCACGUGCCGGAUAUCUCAGCUACAAUAUCGCGCUAUCGCUCACUCGUUACCUGAGACAAGAAACAGACCAUGUUCCUUGGACUGCAGCAUUUAACGCGAUCGCGCACCUUGACAGAAUGCUAGCUCGCUCUACUGUCUACGCGAAUUUCCAGAGUUAUAUAUUCUCUCGAGUAUCUCCUAUCCAUAAUAGUCUCGGGUACACGGUUCAGGAUGGCGAUGAACAUGUAACAAGUUUUCUCAGGGCAAAUUCGCACUCCUGGGCUUGUCGGAUGGGCUGUCCUGGUUGCAAUAGCCAGUCUCAACAACUUGUACAAGACUUUUAUAAUAGCGGAGGGAGUACCUCCAUUGCAGUUGACCUCAGAGCGUGGGCGUAUUGUGAAGGGCUGCGGAUUGCUGAUGCCAAUGUCUGGAACUUCAUGUGGGAGAGGUAUCUAGAGACGAAUGUAGCUGGAGAGCAGGCCUUAAUUCUUUCGGGUUUGGGCUGCAGCCUGGAUGAGAAUAUUUUGCUCAGAUACCUGACAUUCUCCAUUACUGAAAACUCUGGCCUCCGUUCUCAUGAUAGACUUGCUGCUUUUACUUCAGUUUACUCGAACAGCCCAUCCAAUGUAGACGUUGCACUUCAAUUUUUGUUUCACAACAUUGCGAACAUAUCUCUUCACUACGGAGGAUUGAACGUUGUCGGAAAUUUGCUGCAAAAUCUUGCCACUCAUUUAGUGUCAGAGAGUCAGUUGGUCAAUCUCGAGACUCUUAUUUCUGAGUACGGCGAAGAGCUAGGAGAGGCCGCAUCCUCGGCCCAACGUGCAAUAGAAAUCACGAAAGAAAAUAUAAACUGGCUUGACACCUAUGAAGGUGAUAUAACCCAGUGGCUCGACAACGAAUUAAAUUCUGCCGGAAAUUUACCAACUGCCUUUGGCCCGAUAAUUCUGUGUUUUAUAUAUGGGAUUCUCAACCUUGCAGGUUGAUUAUCUUAAGGAGAAAACUGUUGUUAAAUAUAUGCAAUACGAGGUGUGAAUUUUACUCAGGUUGUGAAACGUCAAAUGAUCGUUGUAAUUUUCAAGAAAUAAGUAAGUAAUUCAAAAAAUUCAA